UCUGUAGCGCCGUCAGAACCGUAGCGGAUGGACAGAAACCCGUGAAGAAUGGGAAGUGUUAUUGUUUCUAAUGCAUUGUUUUGCACAUAAAGAAAGUGUUUUUUUAUGUUUUAGUUAAAACCUAUUCGAUGGUUUGAUUUAGUCCUUGCCAAACAUGUCGGCCUCAGAGGACGCACAGAGCCUGGAGCAGCUGAAUAAAUUUGAGAAGCUGUCAGGGAGUCCUCCUCUCCGAGUGGCAGGCUCUAAGAAGAAAGCCCGCUGGCUUCAGGCUCGCCGAAUCCUCACUCAGCCUCGCUCCAGCCUGCGGAUCCCUAACAGGUUUUUAAGAGAAGGUCACAGGGCCCCUCCAGCGCGGAGCGGACACCGAUGCGUCGCCGAUAACACCAAUCUAUACGUGUUUGGUGGCUACAACCCCGACUUUGACGAGUCAGGUGGCUCAGAGAAUGAGGAUUACCCUCUUUUCAGGGAGCUCUGGAGGUAUCACUUCGCAACAGGGACGUGGCAGCAAAUCCGCACAGAGGGCUACAUGCCUACAGAGUUGGCCUCCAUGUCAGCUGUUUUGCACGGGAACAACCUGCUUGUGUUUGGCGGCACUGGAAUCCCGUUCGGAGAAAACAACGGGAACGACGUUCACGUUUGCAACGUCAAAUACAAGAGGUGGUCGCUGCUUAACUGUAGAGGAAAGAAACCCAACCGAAUAUAUGGGCAGGCGAUGGCCAUCAUAAACGGCUUCCUUUACGUGUUUGGAGGGACGACAGGCUACAUUUACAGCACAGAUCUGCACAGACUGGACCUCACCACACGUGAGUGGAUUCACCUCAAACCAAACAACCCUCCAGAUGACCUGCCGGAGGAGCGAUACAGACACGAGAUAGCACACGACGGACAAAGGAUCUACAUCCUAGGAGGAGGAACCUCUUGGACAUCCUACCCUUUAGACAAGAUUCAUGCGUACAAUCUUGAAACCAACUCGUGGGAGGAGAUCACAACAAAACCUCACGGACGAAUAGGUUAUCCAGCUCCCAGGAGAUGUCAUAGUUGUGUCCAGAUAAAAAAUGACGUAUUUAUAUGUGGAGGCUAUAACGGCGAGUUGAUCCUGGACGAUUUGUGGAAGAUCAGCCUGCAGAACUUCCAGUGGAAUAAACUACCUGCGGUGAUGCCUGAGCCGGCGUAUUUUCACUGUGCUGCUGUCACACCGGCUGGCUGCAUGUACAUCCACGGAGGCGUAGUGAGCAUCCACGAGAACAAGAGGACUGGCUCUCUCUUUAAGAUCUGGCUGGAGGUCCCAAGCCUGCUGGAGCUGUGCUGGGAAAAACUGCUGAAAUCAUUUCCUCAACUAGCUCAGCUCUCGACCAUGCAGCUGCUUAACCUGGGUCUCACACAGGAACUCAUCGAACGCUUAAAAUGAGGAUCGUCACCAAGCACAUAGCAUGCGAUCUACCGUAGAACGGAGGACGGACGACACACUUGAGCCAGUGUCCGAAGAUAAGGAAUAUACAUGAAUGAUUUUUAUCAUUUCCUUUCCUUCACCUUCCGGAAUAUAUCCUUAUAAUGUAGCCUGCCUUAAAACCAAAAAAAAAAAAAGAACUGCGGGUCGGCCUUUCGUCUCAUUUCCGUUGUACUUUUAAUUAUUUAAGACAUCGAGUAGGAAGCGGGCCGUCUUUCAGGCCCUCCGUUUCUUUUGGCCUUCCCUCCAUCCGGACAGGAUAAACUCGGAUUGCCUUCGAAUUAACGUGGUUUUAAUUCUGCUCGGACUACAGCGACGGACAGCAGAUGAUCUCAACGUGCAACGUCAAGCUGGUUUGUGUAACAGAUAAUUACUAUGCUCAUUAGGCUCGCUAAUGUUACGUGAAUAUUGUUCAGCAAUCUCACACACACACACUGCUUUCCAUCAGUCCAUCGUUCUUUCUUUCUUUCUUAUUUAUUUAUUUCUGCAAAAAAACAACUGUCAUAUCCUCCUUUGGGAGCGGGUGUAUUUUCCGUUCUUUCGUCUCAUCCGAAUCUUUAUUCACUGUGAAUAAGGUGCUCUUUAAUUUACUUUUAAUGCUUUUAUUAUAAUAAAACACUUUUUGUUCUCUGCCAAAUCUGCUCUCCCCUUAAACAGACCUUUUAAACGAUGACAUUAGAUCAGACACGAGUUCAUCUGCUUCAGUGCCUUUUCAGGGAACUAAGUAAAAUGUGCUACGUUUCACUCGACAGUGUCAAUAUCUGACAGUGCCUUGACGUAAGCACCUUACGUAUUUGAAAGUAUUUAACGCUGAAACUAGAGUUAGCCUGAACUAUAUCCCUGACACUAAAACCUCUAUUUCCUUUUUUAAAACAUACUGACGUAGGACGCAUCGAUUCGCUAUACACUUACACGUCAAAAUCUUUAGACAAUCGUUAAAGGGAAAGAAAAAAAAAACGCUCUGAUCCGACAACCACACGGCGCUGCACUAAUGACUGGAUGACACUAAAUGAUGUAGUUCGCAUUUAAUUACCUAAGCAAAGCUGCUCUGUGUAAAAUAUCAAGAGGAGGAAAUACAGAGCCUUCUCCUACGAUACUAGUUCAUUUCCACGAGCACUAAGACACGCGCAUUCCAACUAACGCUAUUGUGUCAUAGUCGUAAAACCAGCGGCAGCACAAACGCAGCAACCACAAUAACCAGAAAGAAAUAAAGUUCAAUGUUCCAUGACUUCCUUUAACUUUCUUUAUUACUCGGUAGUGAUUGAUAAUCAGUUUGGUUUACGCACGAGUUGAGUCUUAUUACAAAAUAUCCAACACGCUGGAAACAAUAUCGUCGACACGUCCGCGAUCUCUUAAGUAACCGCAAGCCUCAUUUCUCUUUCAUAAUAUUUAAAUAAACAAAAUGUCAUAUUUUGACAUUAAGCUGAGUAAAACCUGAGUGUUUCAUUUAAACUCUAUUUUUUUACCCGCUGUUUUAAAUUAGAGCUAGAAGUCUAGCAGGGUCGCACCUACCGACCUGAAACAGUCCCCACACACACUUUUUUUUUUUCUUUUUUUUUUUGCAUGUCUGAUAAAGUUUGAAGGAGUGUGAAAGGCCACACUGGAUUCUGCUCCCUGCUGAUGUGGUUUUAAGGCAGAUAUCGAAUACCUGUAUUUGUGUUGCUCAUAGGACGUCAAUAAAUUUACUGAUUAAAUAUAA